AUGCAUUUCAAGGGAGCGGGCCCUGUUCUCUUUGCACUCCUGGCCAUGGUGUUCAUCGUUGGGACCUAUGCCGCUGACUAUAAGACCUUCCUAAGGCAGCACUACGACAACCCCAAGAGCAACGUGGGGAAGCGUUACUGCGAUACCAUGAUGAAAAGGCGUGGGAUGACCAAACCCAUGUGCAAGGCGGUGAACUCCUUCGUCCAUGCUUCCAAGAAACAAAUCAUUGCUGUGUGUGGCAAAGACGGGAAGCCUUACGGCAACGGGUUGCGGCGUAGCAAGAAGCAGUUCUCCGUCACUACCUGCAAGCACCAAGGUGGCUCAACCCGCCCACCUUGUAAAUACAAAGAGAACAAGUCCAACAGAUACAUUGUUGUCCGUUGCUCACGUGGAAAGCCUGUUCAUCUUGAUAAAACCCAAAUCUAACCAUGUGAGGUUGUCAGUUGUAUGCUUAACCUGUGAUUAAAUUAGAGUAACUGAGCCUAUAAACCUAUGAGAUUACUUUAACCAAUGUUGAUUAAUUGCAUCCUUUUUUUCCGC